AUGUUAGAGAAAGACUUGAAUGCCAUCAGUCAUCUUCGGACCCUAGCAUCAGACGAGGUGGACAUUGAGGGAGUCACAAGUUCAUCCGCAAUAUCGGCCCUUCGUGAGAUCCGUCGUUACCAGAAGAGCACAGAGCUGCUCAUCAGAAAGCUGCCCUUCCAGCGCCUCGUUCGAGAGAUUGCCCAGGACUUCAAGACCGACCUUCGUUUCCAGUCUUCUGCAGUCAUGGCGCUGCAGGAGGCAUCUGAGGCCUACCUCGUCGGUCUCUUUGAAGACACCAACUUGUGCGCCAUCCACGCCAAGAGGGUCACCAUCAUGCCCAAGGAUAUCCAGCUUGCCCGCCGCAUUCGUGGAGAGCGAGCCUAA